CAGACAGACGGAUGGGCGGACGGACAACAAAGGGUUCCGUUUUUUCCUUUCGGAGGAUUUCUAUUUUAUUGUACAUUUUUAGAAUAACUGAGAUAAAAGGUAAAAAACCGCUAAACGGCUAUAUCUUUCAUUGCAAAUUUGGCGGGGCGUGCCAUAUGUUUUAUUUCUUUCUAUUUUCUUGGCGUUAUGCCUCCUCUUAAUCCUUUCCUUUAAAAUUGAUUUACACUAGCAUCCGCUCGCACUUGACCGUUUUUUCAAGCGGAUAUGGCCACGUGGUCGCGCCCUCAGACAAGGGGGCGUAUUCUAAAAAUACAACAGUAUUCUAAACUAUACAUGCGGCUUAGUCACGUAUCGUCGCUCCCGAAUAGUCGACGAUUCGAAUCUCGAAUUUGAAUUUUCGAAUUUCGCGAAAUGGAGAGUGCUUAAAAUUGGUGCAAAGUUCUUUGUGAUCGUACAUGUCUGGAAUGAGAUAUGUCCCAACCACCUCCGUUAUAAGCAUGUCAAGACCAUGUCAAUGACAUGGCGGCCCUACCAAACCUGUGGACUGGAACUGGGAUCGGAAGUUGGCGACCGGAAGUGUUGCUGCUCGUGCUGCUGAGCUGCAGCUAUGGGUAUCAGGAGCAGAGGUUCGCAAGGGAGCCGCCUGAUCAGGAAGCGAUAGUGGGCUCAGAAGUGAUACUUCCCUGCCGAGUAGAAAACAAAGUUGGAGCGCUGCAAUGGACGCAGAACGACUUCGGCCUCGGCACCAACAGGAAUCUCAGCGGAUACGAUCGGUACUUGAUGAUCGGGAGCGACGAAGAAGGAGAUUUCUCCUUGAAGAUACAGAACGUGACUCUAGAAGACGACGGGGACUACCAGUGCCAAGUGAGCUCGGGACUGAAUGGUGAACCCGCCAUACGUUCCCGCUACGCUAAACUAACAGUGUUGGUAGCACCGAAUCCGCCUAGGAUCGUGCAAGGUGCUUUUAUAGACGCUACUGAGGAGCAACCAGUAGAUGUUGAAUGCGUGUCGGUUGGCGGCAAGCCUGCGGCUGAGAUCACAUGGGUGGAUGGCAACCAACAAGUAAUCAAGAAGAACGUAAAAACGUCAGAGGAACUGCUACCUGAUGGCCAAAAGUUUAAAACCAGGUCCAUAUUGCGGUUGACCCCCAACAAGGAGCACCACAAGCAGACAAUCACCUGCCAGGCGCAGAACACCGCCGACCGAGCCGCUAGGAUGGCCACUGUUUAUAUUGAGGUCAGAUACGCCCCAAAAGUAAAGCUUUCAAUCAGCUCAGGCGCAGUAGAUGGACGUUUCCCUGAAGGCUCAGAGGCGCGACUGAGAUGUGAAGUAGACGCUAAUCCAAGGGCCCAGGUGUACCGGUGGUAUAUCAACAACAGCCCUGUUGUUGGAGAUUAUACUGAGGAAAUGAUAAUCUUCAAUGUAACAAGGAAAUACCACAAUGCAGUGGUGAAGUGUGAAGUGAGCAACUCCGUGGGAAAAAGUGAAGAGACUGUUACUUUAGGUGUCACAUAUCCACCAGUCUUCCGUACAAGGCCCCGUGACGUCGAAGCAGACGAAGGUUCGACCGUCAGCCUGCACUGCGAUGUGGAUGGCCAGCCAAAACCCGAGAUAAAAUGGGUGCUUCACGAGCCUGGUCGGAUCGCGCAGCCUAAGGGGUCCGAACCGACCCUAAAGAUAAAGAGAGUAGACGAGCAAUCCGCAGGCAGAUAUGUCUGCAUUGCCAAGGUGGAAGGAUAUAACGAAAUCAGGAGCGAAGCUACGGUUUUUAUUAAAGGACCGCCAAAAAUUCUCUCCAACAGGACACAAUUUGGUGCAGAAGGGGAGAUGGUGACGAUAGAGUGUGUCUUCCUUAGUGUUCCUAAAUCUUUCGACAUCAUAUGGUACUUUGAAGGUCGAGAAAUCAAGCCUAUUGAAAACCCGGAGUAUGCGCCCUUCGAACAAGACCUGGGUGAUGGAAUAGUGAAAGCAAGCUUAGUGAUCAGAGCGAGUCAAUCGAAACAUUACGGACUUUACAACUGCAGUGUCACUAAUGAUAUUGGGAAUGCUAAUGCUGGAAUCACUCUUAAACCUAUAAAAACUUUACCUCUCUUUAUCAUUCUCAUCGGAGUCACAUCAGGCAUCAUCGUUUUCUCCGCCUUCAUCAUUCUCCUGGUCAUCUGCAAUAGGAGAAGAAGACAGAAGAGUCAGCAGAUGAGCGAGAAGCCAGAUGUCACUGUUACCACUUGCGAUAUGUAUAACAAGGAGAGCGAUAGGAGCUCGAAUAUUAGCGAUUUGAAGUUGCAGUUGCCUCAUGGGGACGGUAGUUAUGAGUUGGAUUACACCAGUUCAGACAGAUCCGACUCUAAACUACAGUCAGGCCUGCCAUUGGCCGGGCCUGUGACUCUACCGAGCAUACGACUGGACGAUCCUCUGAUGCAGUUCAGAUACAGCAACGAUUAUUCUGAUCCUGCUUACAACGAAAAUUAUUAUAAGAUCAUUACAGGACGUGCGUAUGUAUGUAGACUAGCGUUGAAAAGCUCUAACCCGGGUGGGUACGUGUAUGACUAUCCGCAGGGGUACGCACCGCCGAACAAUUUGAGGGUACAGUCGCCGGAACCGGCUAACAGGUCACUUCAAGGCUCAUUGACGCGCAGCAUCGACACAGCUUCAACUCUACCGUUGUCGGCCGGCAAUGGAUCGCAGAAUAAUUCUCUGCAACGAACGAAAACUCAAGACGAGACUGACGCAAUCAAUAAUUUGGGCCUGCCAGUUGGUGGCGACACGCCACCGAUCUACGCGAAAGGCGUGGACUUGCGGUACGCGGCCACAUACGGGAACCCGUAUCUAAGGAACAGUUCACAUGGUUAUCCAAACCAAGUGCAUACAGCAAAACCGGCGGCCACACCGGCGCCGCCGCCAUACUCCGCCGUCCGGAGUUCAGUGGUCAUGCCAUCAGGUAAUGGCAACCAACCGGCGCAGGGUACACAUGUAUAGCAAAUGCAUGUAACACGUCUAGUGUAAAACAAUGCUGUGAACUAUUCAGUGACUUCGAAGCGUGGCUUUUGGUACCCCGCCCCCCGCUCGGAACCAGGGUGACAGUGGGGACUUAGAGGGGAGUGUGCCGUGCAUAUUCAUUGUAAAUGUGUUCCUAAAAUAGAUUUUUAAUGUAUGACUGAAUGUAAAUAAAUAUAGAUAUAUAAGACAAGUGAAAUGUAUUUUAAAGUAAAAGUUGGAUUUAAUUCAUUUAUUCUGAUGCAGCUCUUAAAAUGUACAAUGAAAUUUUAUUGUUGUGGGUAUUUCACUGUUCAAUGUUUAAGAACAAUGAAUAAGUAAUUUCCUGGUAUAUUAAUGAUUCGUUUUUUGGAAAUAUGGAGCGUGCAAAUUAAAUUUUUAUUCUGCUUUAGCCAGAGUCGAUUGUAUUUCGAUUUUCUUUGUGCCGUAUUGUAAAUAAAAUAUUUUUCAAUGUUUUAAACAUUUUGCAUUUGUUAUUUAAAAGCUUGUAAAUAUUAAAGUUAAAAUAGAGUAUCCAGAUGUGUAUAAAUUUGAAGUAGAUUUCAAAAACUUCGUACCACCAAUUAUACUUAUAAAAAUGGCCCCAAAUCAUUAAAAAUAUUUAUAACGAAUAUUGUAUUAUAAAUAACGCUGUUGCUCAAAUAACUAAAUCGAUGUACGAUUCCAAUUUUAUUCCAUUAUUAUUAUAUUUAUAAAAUAUACAAUUCUAUAAUAAUUCUAGAAAUAAAACAGACUGAGAAUUUUUUGUCAAAAUUUUUGAAUUUUCAAUAAGAAAUUUAAUAUUUUAUCAGCUGGCCGAUAGAUAUUAUAAUUUUUAAGUAGAUAAAUCAAUUUAUAGGAAAAUAAAUGAUGAAACUUUUAAGGAAAGUUCAUCUUUUCUGUGAUAAAACAUAGUGUCGGGCAAGCUUCAAUUCGAGAUUUUAAUUUGAUUAAUAUAGAAUCAUCCCAAAUGUACAUAGUUUAAACCGCAUUAUAUUUAUUGAUGUGCUGUCGAAAAUUUCCAAGUUUGCGUGAUUUCCACACGGAAAUAAAUCGGAAACUUUUCAUUUCUUUCUAUGGAAAUCGAAGACUACAUUUACAAAAUAAAAGUUGUCUUUGUUUUCUUUGAAAUUUUCUUCAAAUUUCCGAGAACUUUUUGGAAAUUUCCGCAACUUGCGCAUUUGUAAUUGUUUUUUAAUUCCAGACAAUUGUUUUUAUAAUAAUAAAAAGAAAAUGUAUAAAAAUAAUGCAUGCCAGUGUUUUGUUAUUGCAUGCGAAAUUGAUUUGCCAUUAUUUCCGUAUAUUGAAUAAACCUUUAACUGCGAAA